CGAACCACGUGACCAUCUGGUCCAGGCUCUGGGGGCCGCAGGGGCCACGUCCGGCGGUCUAAUCUGCGAUCAUAUCUACACCUUGUCUCAGUGUAUGACAGCCAGGGCCUCCUGCUGUUCUCUACGGCUGCCGGGCAUGCUGGGAGUUGUAGUUUUGCAACAGCUGGAGACACCCCGGUUGGGAAACACUGACUAAUGAGAUGCUGAGCUCAGAAGGACGAGAUGCUGGAAGGAAGAUGGUGUCCCAGUGGCCGCGAAGCAGCAGCGCCGAGAAUAAAGUGCCGCACACCCGAAUGGACGAUGAGGCCGCAAUCCAGCAAAUCUAUACCUUUGGGGAGAAGCUGGGACAAGGAAGCUUUGGGGUCGUCAUUGAAGCCACCCACGGGGAGACCGGCAAGAAGUGGGCGAUUAAAAAGGUCAAUAGAGAAAAGGCCGGGAGCUCCGCUGUUAAGUUGCUGGAACGGGAAGUUUCCAUCUUGAAAACGGUGAAUCACAAUCACAUCAUCCACCUGGAGGAAGUAUUCGAGACGCCCAAGAGGGUGUACCUGGUGAUGGAGCUGUGUGAAGGUGGAGAGCUGCGGGAAAUCCUGCACCGGAGGAAGCGACUGACCGAGAGCGAAACCAGACACGUCAUCCACAGCUUGGCCUACGCCAUCGCCUAUCUACACAAGAAAGAUAUCGUCCACCGAGAUCUCAAACUAGAGAACAUUUUAGUCCAGAGAGUGGACGCCAGAGAAGGUGAAGAGAUGAAGCUGAACAUUAAGGUGACUGAUUUCGGUUUGGCGGUGCAGAAAGGUGGGGUGGGCAGUGAGAACAUGCUGCAGUCCACCUGUGGGACCCCCAACUAUAUGGCGCCAGAGGUGAUCAACGCCCACGACUACAGCCAGCAGUGCGACAUCUGGAGCAUCGGGGUCAUCAUGUAUAUGCUGUUGUCCGGGGAUCCGCCAUUUAUGGGAAGCUCCGAGGACAAACUUUUCGAGCACAUAAAGCGGGGGGAGUUGAAGUUCUCGUCUCCGGCGUGGCAGUCGGUGAGCGAGGCGGCUAAAGACGUUCUGCGGAAACUCCUGAGAGUGGAUCCCGCCGACCGGAUCACCGCUAACGAGCUGCUGGACGAUCCCUGGAUCACGGGAGACACCAGCAGCGUGCAGCGACCGUCCAACGUGCUGGAGAUGAUGAAGACUUGGAGGAACAGCCUGGACAAUGAGGACCCUCCAGAGGGCAAUCCAAAUGGUGUUUCUGGGGGGGGCGCCGCUGAGGAUCGGAGCAGUCCGGCCAGCAGCAAUGGGACGUCCGAGACCGACAGCUGCAGCAGCAAACCGUCCACACCAACCAUACCGGUCGGGAAGAAGAAGCUUCUGUCCUGUUCUCUACCAAACGGAACCGUCCCGAAGAAGAACGCAAAUCUCAAGACGACUAAUGCUUCGGCAGAAAGAAAAACGUCUCCGAAGUCCAAGCCGCGGAGUCAGGACCCUUCCCUGUCGCAGACCUUGAGAACGACCCCCGGGAGGAUCAGCCUGGGCCAAAGAUUCUCUCCUGGACCCCCCAGCACCUCCCGGGUGAAAAAGACAAUGUAAUAUAGAACAAUAGAAAAUCCUUGUGCCAAAAAACACUACGGGGCCCGGGGCCCGACCCCCCCCAUGAUGAGGAGGAGGAGGAGGAGACCCAGGAGAUCCCGUCCCGUCUUCUCCGCUAAGUGUGAACAUCACAAUCGACAACAUUUCCAGGUCUGCAAAAAAGGAAAUUCAGCAACGUCCACAGCCCGGGGCCCCUUAACUGCACUGACCAUAAUCUGGGGGGCCCCUAUCGAGCGGGUGUGUGAGGCCCCGAUAAGUCUUGUCUUCUGCUCUUAACCCCUCCCCCGACUAUAACUUAUCAGUGUGCCUUAAUGGAGACGAGAUCAGCGCCCAACAUCAUGGAGGACGUGCAGGGGGCUACUGGGACCAGUAACCGGGAAGGAUUCCGCAUGGGAGACCCAGGUGGGAGUCUCUACAGUCACAGCACAGAUCAGACAGAACGGUGUUACUGUGUUCCAGUUUGUGUUUCCCAAACAGCCUGCCUCCAGCUGUUUGCAGAACUACAACUCUCAGCAUGCCCGGACAGCCAACGGCUGUCCGGGCAUGCUGGAAGUUGUAGUUGUGCAACAGCUGGAGGCACCCUGGUUGGGGAAACACUGCCCUACGGCGACCGCCAUUGUGUCCCAAUCCUCCCUUUUCCUACAUAUUUGCUGCUAAAAUGGUGCCGAGUGAAAUCUGGGCCCCCGACCGUAAUCGGCCUCAGAUUCAUUCGGUCACCUUACAGAUUAAAGACUUGACUCGUCCGCCCCGCUGCUGCUGUCAUUUCUUUUCGUGUGGAGCCAUUAUGGCGCCUUAACGUUUCUAAAUAGAUCCCAUGUGGUCCAUGGUUCAGUCUGGGAUCUCCACCAACAUAUAAAGAAGCACUCCGAGAAUUUAUGCUUUUCAUAUAUAGUGCAACGUAAGCUAUUCGAGAAUAAUGCAGAGGUUCUUGUGUGCGCCUUGUGCUUACCUGUUUUAGCCGAUGUGGCAGGCUCAUGGUUUUCAUUCUCACUGAUUGUAAUUCCAUCACAGAAAUUAUUUUCCUAAUAUUGCCGACAUUUCCCAUAAAUCUUCUGGCAUUUGCA